AUGGAUAAGCAUUUAGGAACGCUAUACUUUUGUUAUUAUGAUAGUGUUACUAUGAACAUAGGGGUGCAUUUAUCCUUUCCAACCAUGCUUUCAACUGGAGAAGAUGGGGGUCUUAAAGAGAUGGCGGCCGAGGCGCUGCUUGCUGGCUCCGCUUGGCCCGGCGCGCCCUGCGCGUGCGGAGGGCCUGACUGCGGCACCCUGGAGCCGGAGCCGGAGCCGGAGCCGGAGCCGGAGCCGGAGCCGGAGCCGGAGCCGGAGCCGGAGCCGGAGCCGGAGCCGGAGCCGGAGCCGGAGCCGCAGGCCUCGGCGGCAGAGGCUGUGUCCUCCCUGACAGUCGCUGACGCGUUCGUGGAGGCCGACGAGAGCCCCAGCCCAUGCCCGCCGCCUCCAGCGCUCUCCCGCAGGUUCAUCUGCUCUUUCCCCGGCUGCGGCGCGCACUACAACAAGGCCUGGAAGCUAGACGCGCACCUGUGCAAGCACACGGGGGAGAGACCAUUUGUUUGCCAUCAUGAGGGAUGUGGCAAAGGCUUUGUCAGGGACUACCACCUGAGCCGCCAUGUCCUGAUUCACACUGGAGAAAAGCCAUUUGUUUGUACAGUUAGUGGCUGUGACCAGAAAUUCAACACAAAAUCAAACUUGAAGAAACAUUUUGAGUGUAAACAUGAAAAUCAGCAAAAAAAAUAUGCAUGCAGUUUUGAAGGUUGUGAGAAGACCUUUAAGAAACAUCAGCAGCUGAAAGUCCACCAGUGCCAGCAUAGCAAUGAGCCACUAUUCAAGUGUACUCAUGAAGGAUGCGGGAAGCACUUUGCCACUCCCAGCAGACUGAAACGGCACAAGAGGGUGCACGAAGGCUAUGCAUGUCAGAAGGAAUGCUCCUUUGUAGCAAAAACAUGGACAGAGCUUCUGAAACACAUGCGAGAAGCUCAUAAAGAGGAAAUAACAUGUGAAGUAUGCCAGAAGACAUUUAAACGCAAAGAUUAUCUGAAGCAGCAUAUGAAAACGCAUGCCCCAGAAAGGGAUGUCUUUCGAUGUCCAAGAGAUGACUGUGGUAGAACCUACACAACCCUAUUUAAUCUCCAGAGCCAUAUUCUCUCUUUUCACGAGGAAAGCCGCCCAUUUGUGUGCGAACAUGCUGGCUGUGGCAAAACUUUCGCAAUGAAACAAAGUCUUACCAGGCAUUCUGUUGUGCAUGACCCUGACAAGAAGAAAAUGGUCAAAGUGAAACCACCUCGUGAAAAACGGAGUCUGGCCUCUCAUCUCAGUGGAUAUAUCCCUCCUAAAAGGAAACAGGAACAUAACUUACCUUUCCCUGCCAGUGGAGAGUCACUGAAUUGUACUGAAGAUAAGGUGCUCUCAACAGUUGCAGUACUUACCCUUAGCUAAAUACCAGAUUGCUUUGGCCAUUUUUAUUUUGCUAUUUAUCUUUUUAAUGUGGUGCUGGGGAUGGAACUCAGGGCCUAAUGCAUGUAGGACGUAAGCUGUACUACCGGGCCGCCUCUCCCCACCCCCACCCCCACCCCAGCUAGUGCUUUGUUUAAAGGACUACAGACCAACCAGCUCAAUUGCUUUUGCUGAGAGCACAUUUUCCUUUAUUAAAAUCACUGAUGUAAUGUA